AUGGCCCGUAACAAAGACAGCCGAAUUCUUUGGACAGCCAUCAAGGGAAAGCUAUUCCUCCGAUCUUCUAAGUCGUCGUCUCACAAUCACGACAGCACGAAUCUUUUCCACGUCGUUCAUACCAACAACAUGGAUGAUCAGUUUAACACUAGUAUUUGUACCAAUGCAGCUGCUUCCGAUUUCACUUCCCCAGAAGACCUUGCCGCCAUCGUCAUUCAAUCGUUGUUUAGGGGCCAUCUUGCGAGACGAGCAUACAGGGCACUGAGAAGCCUGGUGAAGCUACAAGCCGUUGUUCGUGGGGUGGUGGUGAGGAGGCAGGCACGCAUUGCCCUUCACUGCAUGCACGCGCUCGCUCGCCUUCAGGUUACCGUGCGGGCUCGCCAGCUGCUACUCAUCAACACCUAA